CCUCCGUUCGUUUCCUCGUAGCAAACCGACUCUCUUGAUGAAGCAUGGCAGAAGCAAUGGCGACUUCCAAUGCUGGGUUUGAAGAGGAAAUCCUGAUUGAAUCGACCGAUCAUCGCAAAAUCGCCAACGAGCCGCCAGUUGACUCGCCGCACCACGCACCCUACCACGCCACGUUCAACAUCCGAUGUGGCUGCGCGAAGUGCGGCGAGAGUGGCCGCGGGACGGCGUUUUUGCUGCACGACCUGAACCGGCUAUCUGGCGAGUAUUAUUACCUGGCCACUGCGGCUCACAACCUUUACUGCUACAAUUGCGGCGACUACCGGUGGGUGCAAAUCAUCGAGAAAUGGCAGGAGACUAGUGAAGGCCCGUCACCUGUGUUUCUGUCCAAAAGGAUAACAAAGAAGAAUGCCGAUGGGUGGCUGAAGGUGCCUGAAUGGUACGAAAAGAAUGCGAAGCAAAGUGCCAAGGCAGAUCGGUUCCCACACGAUUAUGGCAUUGUUGCUGCCUCGAGGGAGACCACCAUGUCAGCUCCGUUCACGACUUUGAGCAAGGUGUUGAAGGCUGCGCCAAAUGCGACUGAAAAGAAGAAAAACUCGUUCCUGCUCGGCUUUCCAGGGAGGAUCUACGCGAAUGGCGCUUGGGGCCCUGCAAAGAAAUGCAAGUAUUGGGUAGAAGCACCGGGCAGUGUGGAAGGGUUCAACGAUGCGCUCGUCAAGCAUUAUAUCGACUCCAGCACUGGGCAGAGCGGCUGUGUGCUGUACACCUUAGACGAGGCCGGGAAGAAAGCUUCGGCGCUCGGUAUCCAUGUGGGUGGAAACGACGCGGAAAAGUACAACGUGGCGGUCAAGCUGUGCAGCGGAUCAUCCGCCAUGGCUGAGCUGAAAGGCUGGGCGUCCAAUCCACCCCAUGGUGAUGAAGAGGAAUUUGACCUGGAUGAUGACGACGUCGAGUACAAAGAGAUGGAGGCAGAGGAGAGCCCAAAUUUCCUGCAAGAUCCAGUGCGAGAGGAAAGAGAGUAA